GCAGGAGCCAAGAUCGAUAAGGUUGACCUAUCUGAUAGGGAACUCUUGUAACCAUUGCCUAUCUUUAAUCCUGGAGAAUAGCAAUCGACUUCCGGCGAGCACCGAGUCCAAUUUCACAGGAUUGAAGGACUCCAAGCUCGACAUCAGGACCACAAGGCGGGAACCACGCACCAGGAUAACUCGGGGUAAGCUUCAGUGAACGAUAAGACAGUCGGGAUUGCGUACGUACAAAAGACAUGAAUACAUAACCGACGCGGCCGACAUAACGUCGUACGCUACGCGUUGACAACCCCAAGACAUCUCAAAAUGACCAUCUCAACCACAACGACGACUUCAAAGCUGGAGCUCCGAACAGCGUAUGGACCAGUCUUCCGAGAUGUCUUAAACACCCAGCCCCGAGAUUGUACGACUGAAGAGAUCCCCAUCAUCGACCUAUCGCCUCUUUAUUCGUCGAAAUUUGAAGACCGGGAGGCAUUGGCCAAAGAAAUCAGAGCAGCCGCCGUGAAUACAGGGUUCUUCUACAUCAAGAACCAUGGGAUUUCGGAAAGGAUAAUUGCGGAUGCGAAGAAGCAGUUGUUGGCAUUCUUCACCCAGCCCAACGAAGAUAAGAUGAAAGUCAGCCAGUCUUUCUCAAAAUAUUUCAACGGAUACAAAGGACCUAGGACCACGAACAUCAGCCCUGGAGAAAGUGUAGAUGUCAAGGAAUCGCUGGGCUGGAGAUAUUCGCCGCAAUAUGACCCAGAUCCAAAGACCCUGGAUGCAAUUCCGGAAGAGGUGAAGCCAUGGAUUCGAGGAGAAGAAUUCGUAUGGGAAGGGACUUCCCAUUUACCAGGGUUCAAGGAUGAAGUUCUCGGAUACUGGGCAGCUUGCUUAACGUUGGCUAGGAAGCUGGUCAAAGUAUUUGCUCUGAGUCUUGACCUUCCAGAAAGUUACUUUGACAGCCGGACAACGUAUCCAGGAGCUGAUGGAGUCUUCAACUAUUAUCCAACCACAACGGAAGAGGAAACAGUAAACAAUGCCGUGGGGUUGGGAAGCCACACUGACCUGCAACUAUUCACAUUGCUCUGGCAAGAUAUGACUGGAGGCCUUCAAGUCCUGAACCGAGAUGGCCAAUGGAUCAAAGCCACUCCUGUGGAAGGAACGAUUGUCGUCAAUAUCGGAGAUUUCAUGAUGCGACUGUGCAAUGAUAUUUAUAAAAGCACAGUCCACAGAGUGUACAAUCGAUCGACUGUCGAACGAGUCUCAAUGCCGUUCUUUUUCGGCGAGUACAAAUUUUCGGAACCUUCAUGGCUCAACUUCAACUGCGUGGAAGGUGUGGUUCCCUCUUGUACUUCCGAAACGAAUCCGCCAAAAUACGAGCCAAUUUCAUGUGGUGACUGGUGUCAACUCCGAUUCAAACUUGAGAAUGAUGAGAUGAAGAAGAAAAUGGCUGGGCAGACUCAAGCACCUAGUGCAGUGAUUGUGGCAGCUUAA